AAAAGACUGAGUCAAAGUUAUUUACACUUUAACUUGUUUAAAACAACUGUUGUUUGUUGUUUGUUUUCUUUUCUUCUGAGUAAUCAACUCUUAAAUUUGAUAAAACAGAAGAUAUGCCUAUUGAACAAAGAUCCUAUGGAGCACCAUUACAUCCAGUUGGUGAAAGGAAAGCUGUGAUUAAAUAUGUGGAAAUGAGUAAAGAAAUGCAACAAGAUGCUGUACAGUCAGCUGCAAUGGCUAUCGACAAGUAUCAUGAUGACAAAGAUAUUGCAUUGUUUUUAAAAAAGGAAUUUGAUCGUAAAUAUGAACCAACAUGGCAUUGUGUCAUUGGAAGUAAAUUUUCUAGUUACGUGACGCAUAUCAAACAAUUCUGUAUUUAUUUUUCUCUUGAAGAUCGUGGAGUUCUGUUGUUUAAAACUGUUUGAACUAUGCAACAAUUUUUCUUUACCCUUCCUUAAACAAUAUUGAUAGUCAUUAUUAAUGUCCAUAUCAAUUCAAUAUCAUAAGUUGGAAGAAUAAACAUAACUCUGCAAAAUAAAAACA